GCAGCUGAAUGAAGAGUUAUGAAAAGACACUCGUCUCACCGAGAUUCCGGUUCGAGGAACUGCAUGUGAUCCACUGGAAAAACACUACCAUAGACUGCAUGCUUUUUUCAAUGAGCAUGAUUUUAGUCACCUAACGGAUUUUCUUAGAACACGUUGUAUAUACAUUCCUUUUUUCUGGCAACAUUGCUUUGUUUUUUGCAUCGUGUCCCCAGCAGCAACAUUCCUAGAAUUUGUUCUGUGACCUCAUUACCAUAUUUGGUUGUCUUUCCUCUUGUUCGUCCUCAGUCUACUGUCUCAGUUCAUAUCAGUGUACUAUGUAGGGGUUUCAAUCACUCUAUGUUGUACAGGUUCGAUGUGUGUAUAUAUACAGUUGUCGUAACAUGCACUCUCAACUGUCCUGAUUUAGGCGGGACAGUACCGAUUUUCACAGCCUUGUCCCGCCCAUCACCUUGCUUGUCCCGAUUUCUCGGAAGUACUUGCGCGGUAGUGAAAAGAAACGUUUUGCAGCAGAGCAACGAAUCAUGGACAACUGGACUCUGGUACUCUUUAGCACUGCGUAUACUGUUGCUUCAAGCAUAGACUCGUAACUGGCGAGCGAUCGCGGGUAAAUACUAGUGGGCGGGUCCUGAACUGAACCAUACGCGCAUGCGCACUUGGUUGCUCGCGCGUAUGUCCCGAUAUUGAGCAUGAUAUCCCGAUUAUUAAUAUUCAUAGUCCCACCUACUCCUUCUGGAAGCUUGAGACCUAUGCAUGAGUCAAAUUGCAUGUGAAUGGAAUACUGCUACCAGUGAUAUUAUUAUUACAGUUCCAUUCUGUUUGUACAAGAUAUGUCAACGGUCAUGCCAAGAGGCAUGCUGAAGAGAACCCCGGUCACUGGCUGUGUAUGGACCAGAGCCUCUCUGUCUUCUGCUACAGACAUGAUGAGUUUGUGGUCAAUGAAAACGACACCAUAUCAUCAAUGAGAACUGAAAUCCAGAGAAAUCUGAGAACGUCAAACUCCUCCCCCUCGUCAUCUAAUGACACGGAGGAAGAGGAGGAGGAUUCCUCCCCACCUCGGAAACUCAUCAAACUUGAGAAUGGAGACACGUGUCCGGUGAGGACCACGGGUCUCCAGAAUCUCGGAAACACGUGUUUCAUGAACUCCAUACUCCAGUCUCUGAGCAAUAUAGAACAGUUCUACGUCUACUUCAGCAAACUGCCGUCACUUCGACCUGCCGAUGCAGGCUCCACCCACCAGUACCCCACUCGGAGGAAGACCUCUCUUGAAGAAUUGUCACUGGUGGAGGAGGUGAGGAAGGUGUCGUGUGGCCUGUGGCAGGAAGGAGACUCCUCCCUCUCCCCCGACUCACUCUUCUCCAUCAUCUGGAGACUCGUACCCCAGUUCAGAGGUUACCAACAGCAGGAUGCCCAUGAGUUCAUGCGCUAUCUGCUGGACAAGCUGCAUACAGAGCUCCUAGCCGGUUCCCUCGGUGCUGGGUCCGACAAUACCACCAUUGUCUCCCAGAUAUUUGGAGGGACACUCCAGAGUGACGUUCGAUGUUUAGCCUGCUGCACCGAUUCUCGGAAACAUGACCCCAUUCUAGAUGUAUCUCUGGACAUUCCUGACCGUUUCUUAUCUCGGAGGAAGGGAGAGAGACAUCAGGACUGUAGUAUACUAGACUGUCUGGCAAGCUACACAGGACUGGAGACACUGGAGGAGACGGAAUGGUACUACUGCCACAGGUGCAAGACAAGAGAGCCAUCUACCAAACGACUUUUCCUCCACGCACUUCCCAACGUACUGUGUAUACAUCUGAAGAGGUUCAGAUUCACGUCGUGCGUGAGGACGAAACUGAGUCUCCCCAUUGGCUUCCCUCUGAGUGGACUGGACAUGGGUCAGUUCACUGUGGCUGGGGGCAGGAGAGGAGGAGGAGGGGGAGGAGGGAGGUGAAACGAAUAGUGUGUAUGAUCUCGCUGCAGUGGUUGUCCACCAUGGAUCAGGUGUCAGCUCAGGUCACUAUACAGCCUAUGCCUUCAGUCCCAAAUCAGGUCUGUGGUAUCAUUUCGACGACAGCACGGUCACGGAAACCACACCCAAAAGGGUGGAGUCUUGUCGAGCGUACAUCCUAUUCUAUAUCCGGAGGGACACGAGUAACGGAAAAUACCACCACAACUCCAGACAACGAAAAUUGAAAUGAAAAUGAAAGGGGUCGUGCAAUUCUCUGGGAUUGUAUAUACAGUGUCUAGAGGAAAUUUACCAAUGGAAACAUAAUAUUUUUGUGUAAUUUAAUUUUCAUCAUUGCACU